CAGUUUAAAAGCGGUUUUCUCUCUCUGGUUGCAUCACUAGGUACAAGAAAGAACCUUGUUCAAACUUACAUACAGUACACUACUGUCCCUCCCUACUAGCUGAACACCCCCCACAUUACUACCUGCUGUAAACAUUGCGACACGCUACGCCAUCAGUUCUCGACUUUGGAAUCAUUACUCCUCAACAUUAUACCUUACCUCACCCUUGCGAAAUAACACUUACUUCCAGGAAUUGUGCGCCUUGAUGGAUGGUAUACAGACGUCCUAAAACACCGUGUACUCACUCAGCGACCGAAAGCCCAUUCUGUACACGAUGGCGCAACACGCCUGGCUAGAUUCCUUGUCCGAGGAUUGGGUCUCCCAGCCAAGCUCCGACACAUCUCAAGCGCAACUCCCAUCACCCUCGAGUCCUCCUGUCUCCUCCAUGCCCGAGAAUUCCCGGGAUCGUGCUAGUCGCAUCCCGCGAUUUAAUGGUGCGAACCCCCCCGGCAUCAAGCGACAACAGCAUCAUCCCCUUCCCAGCAGUCCCAGUGUCCUUAGCGAGCGAAAUCCAAACGAUAUCAACAUUAGGGCUGCACAACUGAAGCCCUCGAGGCUGUCACAAGAAAACAAGGCCUCCUACCGUGGACGACACUUCAGUCGAUCCUCCUCAGCUUCCACUGCCGGCUCUGUCAUACACAACUCCGUCUUACAAACCAAGUCGCAUAGCGCAUCGCCAUCCAAGGACCGCGAAAACGAGCCAGAGUGGAAAAAGAGGUUGAUAUAUGGAGAGUUGGAUUAUGGCGAAUCUAAGGAUCUCUUUAGCUCAGCCGCCACUGGGCUGGAGAACAUUUUCCGACCACCACAACCAUCAGGUGCCCACAAUACUGCCCCGGGCGAGACCGAGGGCCAUACCAUAAACGAAACUACCUUACCAUCGAGCCCGCCGCCAUACUUGGGUAAUCAAAACCUUAUCGAUGAAAACGAUGAAAUUUUCGAACAGGAUAGCUAUGAGACCUCUAUUCAACACAAUAUGAGCCUCCCCAAGCCAGUUUUCUUUCGAUCGACGGCCGACGACGAUGCCGGUAUCUCUAGUGGCGAUACGGCACCGAUAGAAGGAGAGGAUCUCGACGAAUUAGAAACGAAACUCGAUGGUGAACCUGAAAGUUCCGCAAUAUCCUUCAGAAGAAGGCAAUUACUAGACGAAUCACGGAAGAUUAGUGGCCAGAGUGAUACCAGAAAUGAGGACUUUAGCCCUAUACUUAUUGCCCGCCAUAGUUCGGAGGGAGGCAGAGUAUCUUUCUCGCCCAUGGAACUUCCAGCGCAGCAACUACGAAAGAAGCUUGAAAAUUUAAGGAGGAAUCAAAUGAUAUUAGACCCCGAACCCGAUAUGGAUUCGGGUCAGGUGGCCGAUGUCAGCAGUGGAGCUGGAAUUAUUGAAAACACGGAAGACUUUGCCAGGAAUGGUGGUUUUCUAAAUCUCCAAAGAGGAGAACGCUCUAUUGACGGCUCGUUCCGUCGGCGUCCGCUCAGCCCUCCCAUCAAUAUGGACACUUCAGAUAUGCUUCCAGAGUCUUCACUUCAAGCUAGCACCCCCAAGCAAUUCCCUACCGUUAGGACCGAGAGAUUUGCAUCCGCAGGUUAUAACCAAAACCUGGCAUCACCACCCAGCCCAUCGUUGCCCCGUGCUCCUCAUCCAAGUCCAGAGAAACGGCCACAGCCCACCUCGGUCAAGACUUCAAGCCCGUUAAAAUUAUUCGGCCCCUACGACACAUUCACCAAUCAGACUCUCCUACGGCGGAUUAGUCAAUUUGAGGAUCAGCAAAGCAAUCAUAAUAGCAUGUCAUAUGCCGCGGAUGAGACCACUGGAUCACUACCACCGCUGGACACUGAGUCCAAACCACAAAAUAAGGUCUCCAGUUCCUCCAACCCGGCACAGAAGAAUGCGACUCGCGUUGCCUCUAAUCAUCAGGAUGUCUUCGAUACAGUUAAUAGAUUUGGGGCUGGCGAACUCGAUCAGUAUGAGUUCGAAGGAGACAUCUCUCUAGCCUCUAGUAUGCAUUCUCAUUCGGAAGAGAAGGAGAAUGUGGCACCACCGCGCAGCCGAGUAGCUUCAGACUACACUUUCAAGUUUGAUAUACAUGAGGAUAUGCCAUCAGAACAGGAGUCUCUAUUUAUUGGGCGAACCCGAGGCAAAGUGACUCGCUCCUGGUCUUCUGCUCGCCACAUUCGCGUUUCUAAGUCAUGGGAUGGGUUACGCUCAAGAAUGUCGACAGGACCGGGUGGACUGGGCUCUCUGCAUCUACCGAUUACUCAGCGCGAUGGUUCAGAAGGGAAACGACCACGAACAUCGCCUUCAAAGGACCCAACACCGAAAAGACGGAGGACAUUACACCGAUCAGAUAUCGCAUACGGCAUUGAGAAUUGGCGUGCAGCUAUAGAAACAGUAAAAUCAUCGCAUUACACUAUGCAGUCGGUGAUCACGGAAGAUCGCAAGCAAAUACACCAGGCUGAAAUACCAGAACUCGUUGAUCCAAACGUUCAAAGCGCACAUAUUCUACGGCCUAGAUCCCCAACCCCGAACCAGAGAGCCUCAGAGGCCCGUGACAGACAACCACUAGCUGAGCUUAACUUCAAUCCAGUUCAUGGAUCAGCUAAAGAUCUCAUGUCUGAACACCACGCAGAAGACACUGGUAUCAAUGCUUCUCGUAAAACAUCGAUGAAAACCCAAGAUUUUUACGAUGCAGCCGAGGAAGUGAUGGCGAUGAUAAGAAAUAAAGCACGACCUGCAACUGGGUUAGCGAGUGUUGAGGAAUCAGAGGCUGAGAGUUCGCAUCGACCUGCUCUUAAUGAUUCGGUUAUGAGCGAAGCUUCUUUUGAAGAGUCGACACGAGAGCCUUUUUCGCGGCCGCCUAGCAGGGAUGGGCGGCCUAUCGCGAGGUUACCAGUGCGACAAGAAGACCCAGAACUUGUGAACCGGCUUAAAAAGUACGAAGAGCAAGGCGAUCUCGAUGAUAUCCUUAGCCAAUCACUGCGGUCCAUGAAAAACUUGCAGAUCAAUGAUCAGUCGAUUCAGUCAGACCAAGUUUACGAUGAAGAUGGCGUUAUCAGCGAUAUUCCGAAUGUUAGAAUCUCUCGUAACCCAGAUCAGCCAGAAGCAAGCAGGAACCCUACAGAAUUCCCUUCUCAUAAGAGCCAAUCUUCGAAUGCCUCAACGCGACGGUCUGCCCCUACUAGCUCCUCUCGAGGAUCAGACUCGAGGCGUCUUAUCGCGCCAGAUGUGGUUGCCCAGCUCAUUGGCAACCAGGUAGGCAACAUGGUAUUUGACGAUAAGAAUAAGAUGUGGCAGAAGGUGAAGGCACCGAGGCCAACUUUGAACAUACUUCCUUCUGAAGACAGUGAAGAUGAUCCAUUUGCUAGCAUUCCCGAUUUGACGGUGGAUACAGUGAAAGAAAGGAAGCAUCUUGAUUUGACUGCCGGGAAAACUCAGGCAAAUCCCGGUGAAGAGCCAGAAUGCGAUAACUCGCUAAGCUGGACUUCAUCCAGACCCAGCAAUACGGCAAACGAAUCCCUCAAUUCAAAACAUUCGGCCAAACAAGAUGGUGGAGCCAACGCAGAGGUCGCUGUCGAAGACGAUGAGGAAAUUGAGCACGAAAUCUCACUGCACGAAGACCGAAUACAGAAAGCCAGCCCGUCCCGCCCCAAGAAUCUCACAAUCACUUUUUCGUCCCCGAUUGCUUCCAUAAUUCAGGAUCUUCCACAAAGAGAUUUUGAUGACGACAGUUACUCGGAAGAAUCUAAUCUGGGUCAUUCAAUUGGCAGCAUUGCAGCUGAUUCAAUUAAGGGAAAUAGACACGUAAGGGUGGGAAGAUCUGUCAGUGCCAUGGCUACCAGGGCAUCCUCUCGAAGUCGAUCGCGGGGUGUCCAAAAGAGUGUUUCUGUUGAAGGGCAUACUUUUGUUCCAAGACCUGUUUCACGCAUAGAUGAGCGAGAUGAAGAUGCGCCUCCUGAGGGGCAUACCGAAGAGGUCAACCAAAAGCAGAUUAGCAUUCACGAUGAGUCCGCUGUCAUUGCAUCAGAACAGGAAGAUAUGGGAAACCCCGAAUUGAGCGUUGUAAUGGCGACACCGAAUCCUGCCAGAGCCACAGCCAUGCUUGGAACUCCAAUCAUUGGACAGUACGUCGGCACAUUCUCUUUAAGUCCUAUGUCCGAGUUCACAGUUCAUCAAAUGGACACUUCAUGCGCUUUGGAGGUAAGCUACGUCAUGGGUGACCAGUACCUCAUGACGGGCGAUGGCUCUAAAAAGUCCAUGUCUAAGGCUGUGCGGACGCUCGUUGAGAAAAUAACAGAAGUCGAGCCUUUCGAACCUGAUUGGGAGACGGUGCCUGAGCUUGACCUUAGCAACAAACAGCUGGACACCCUUCACAUGCUUGAUGAGUUCUGCACAACGUUGGUCACAUUGGAUGUCUCAAAUAAUAAGGUCCCUCACCUAGAUGGUGUGCCGCAGAGCGUGCGCAACUUACGUAUAACGCACAACGCGCUCUCCGAGUUGACAGCCUGGAGACAGCUCAUGAACCUUCAAUACGUCGAUGUAUCCAACAACCAGAUUAAAAGCCUGUCAGCAUUCAAGGACCUUGUUCAUCUACGAACCCUUCGCGCCGACAACAAUCAGAUCACUAGCUUGGACGGCAUCAAAUUCCAUGACAGUUUGCAAGUGUUGCGCGCUAGAGGAAACUUGAUAACACAUGUCGAUUUCGAUGGCACGAAGAUGCAGCGCUUGACAGAAUUGGACCUGGAGAACAACCAGAUCGUCGCGUUCGAGAACGGCGAACAACUCGCAAGUCUCAAUACGCUGAACCUUCAGCACAACCGUUUAACAUCCUUUGCUCCUUCUGAAGGCCAGUACUCGCUGUCUCUUAGUAUCCUAAAGCUUUCAAACAAUGAAUUGGAAACACUUGAUCUUUCUGCCCUCCCUUCUCUUCGCGUCUUACAUGUCGACCGCAACAAUAUCACGGUAAUUACCGGUCUUUCGCACUGUCGCCGGCUAGAUAGCCUAUCUCUUCGAGAACAGAAAGGCAACCAAGCCCUCAACACUUCGUUCCUAGACUCGGCAUACGAGGUCCGAAAGCUAUUCCUAUCCGGCAACCGACUCUCCGGUUUCAACCCUCAGGUAGACUUUCUCAACCUGCAAUAUCUUGAACUUGCAAACUGCGGCCUUCAAUCGCUGUCGCCAAAUCUAGGGCAAUUAAUGCCGAACUUACGCAUGCUUAACAUCAACUUCAACGCGAUUGACGAUCUUUGGCCUUUGCGCUAUAUCCCGCGCCUGAAGAAGCUCCUCGCAGCAGAGAAUCGGUUGUCCGAUGCUCAGAAAAUAUCCAGCGCGCUAGCUGAGUUUCCGCACUUAUCUCGUCUCGACCUCAGGAAUAACGGUGCAACGCUUGGCUUCUACGCCCCUGUGCACGCGCUUGUGUCCGCUGAAAAUGACGGCAAGGAAGGAGACUUCGACCCCUUCACAUUACCGGACGUGGACGUGGAGCGGCAGGACAAAUUCGCGAGUCGUCUUGACAUGGACACGAGAAUGCGCAAACGAGUGUACGAUUUGGUUGUGCUGAAAGAUUGUCGACAGCUUAAGAUGCUGGAUGGUCUGCUUUAAUGAGGAACGAUGAUGUCCGAUGUCGAAGUUUUGGACAUUGAAGAAGGAUAUAUAUUCAUGGUUUCAGUGGGAUUGAGGUUAGUGAAUGACUGGUAUCAAUGUGUGAUGUAACAGUUUCCCGCGAGAUGUGUUGGUGACCGUCGGUUCCCUUGAAAAAGGAUAGGGUGUAAGUUGAGAGAGUCUAUUUGUGUGUAAUGUGAUAUACUUUGAGACCCAAUAAUGUCCUUGCUUACGCAACCUCUUCUCACUCAACCGCAGACGAGGUGAGCGAGGUGUGUGUGAUAAGGACUAUAAAUCUUAUUUGAUUCUCAGAUAUUACAAGUUAUGAUAGAGAACUACUUUUCUACCAGCUAGGCUAGGAGACUGACUUGUUAAGUUUACUGCCAUUUUGGAGCCGGUGUAAUAGUAUUCCUGAAAUGUAAAUUGAAUUCUAGAUUGCACACCAGAUGCC